AUGUUUGGAAAAGUUGAGCAUGAAGCAGAGUUGAACGUGCCGGCAAUCGAGGCGUGGGAUCUCUUCAGUUCGCUUCGGAUCGGAAAAAUUCUGGAAAAAGAGCUCUCCAUUUUGCAGAAGGUCGAAGUCCUUGAAGGUGAUGGAGGAGUUGGAACCAUCCAGAAACUUACAUUUAAACCAGGUUUUGAAGGACCGGCAGGCUACAAAGAGAAAUUCACAAAGAUAGACAACGACAGACGGAUAAAAGAAGUAGAGAUAGUGGAAGGAGGAUACUUGGAGUUAGGGUUUUCUGCGUUUAGGGUUCGAUUAGAAGUGAUAGAGAAAGGAAAAAAUUCAAGCUCUGUCAAAUCAACAAUGGAGUAUGAGUUCAACGAGGAGGCUGCGCCUGUUGCUUCUCUCAUCAACUCACAAGUUUUGGCUGAGAUUGCUCUUAUUGCCAAAACUCAUCUCAACAAAAACAAGCCUCCAGCAACCUAG